AUGGGGGGCGGAGGUCAACAGACGGAGUCAAGCGAGCCGGCCAAGGGUGACAGGGGUGGGCCCGGUGGAGGGCGAGGUGGCAGUGCAGUCUACACCUGGGAAGAGGUUCAGAGGCACUGCCACAGAGGCGACCAGUGGUUGGUCAUCGACAGGAAGGUCUAUAAUAUUACCCAGUGGGCGAAGAGACACCCGGGGGGCAUCAGGGUCAUCAGUCACUUUGCUGGAGAAGAUGCCACGGAAGCAUUUGUUGCAUUCCAUCCCGAUCCUAAUUUUGUCAGGAAGUUUCUGAAGCCGUUGCUGAUUGGAGAGCUGGCACCGACAGAGCCCAGCCAGGACCAGGGGAAAAACGCAGUACUGGUGCAGGACUUCCAGGCCCUGCGCGACCGUGUGGAGAGUGAGGGUCUGCUCCGUGCCCGCCCCCUCUUCUUCAGCCUCUACCUGGGCCACAUCCUGCUACUAGAGGCCCUGGCUUUGGGCCUGCUCUGGGUCUGGGGGAGCAGCUGGAGCCUCACACUGCUCUGUUCCCUCAUGCUGGCCACGUCUCAGGCCCAGGCUAGCUGGCUGCAGCAUGACUUUGGCCACCUGUCAGUCUGCAAGAAAUCCAGUUGGAAUCACAUACUGCAAAAGUUUGUAAUUGGACACCUAAAGGGUGCCUCUGCUAACUGGUGGAACCAUCGUCACUUCCAGCACCACGCUAAGCCCAACGUGUUUAGUAAAGAUCCUGAUGUCAACUCACUGCAUGUCUUCGUCCUGGGAGACAAACAGCCUGUAGAGUAUGGUAUAAAGAAGUUGAAGUACAUGCCCUACCGUCACCAACACCAGUACUUCUUCCUCAUUGGACCUCCACUACUUAUUCCAGUGUAUUUCCACAUCCAGAUAUUGCGGACCAUGUUUUUACGACAGGACUGGGUGGAUCUGGCGUGGUCGAUGAGUUUCUACCUUCGCAUCUUCUGCUGUUACUAUCCCUUCUUUGGUUUCUUUGGCUCAGUAGCAUUGAUCAGCUUCGUCAGGUUUUUGGAAAGCCACUGGUUUGUAUGGGUGACCCAGAUGAAUCACCUUCCUAUGGAGAUGGAUCACGAGCGACACCAGGACUGGCUCACCAUGCAGUUGAGUGCUACUUGCAACAUUGAACAGUCAACCUUCAACGACUGGUUCAGUGGACACCUCAACUUUCAGAUUGAACACCAUCUGUUUCCUACCAUGCCCCGUCAUAACUACCACCUGGUGGCUCCUCUGGUUCGUGCUUUGUGUGAGAAACAUGGAGUUCCCUACCAGGUCAAGACUUUGCAGAAAGGCAUCACUGAUGUUGUCAGGUCACUGAAGAAGUCAGGGGAUCUGUGGCUGGAUGCGUAUCUCCAUAAAUAAAUCCCUUCCUGACUCUGGAUGGGAUUUAAUCCAUCGCAGAUUAACCACCUGCGAACAGAGAUAGUUUCCCCAGACGUUUGUGUUGAUAAUGAUCGCUGCAAACAUCGUGGAUGUUAGCUCAAGCGUAAAUCACCUCUUUUUAAAAAGUCAAAUCACAGUGCACAAGUCUGCAUGUCAAACUUGAUGUCUGGUGUGAAACCUACCCCCCCCCCCGCCAUCUUAAUACUGCCUACCAAACAGAGUACUCUAAUGUACAGGUACCAUAUAGUAUACUACAUAGUAGAGUAAUAGUGUAAUAAAAUAUUGUGUUAUUUGAUAAUGUUGUUGUGAUGUCGCUGUUUUAAACUUGUUUGGACCCCAGGAAGAGUAGCUAUUCACGGGGAUCUUAAUUAAUACAAAUAUUCUUAUUAUAUCUGAGUGGCCUGUCUGUGUGGUGGUGAUAUCACUGUGUGGUUUACAUUGCUGUGCGGUAUUUUCUACCAUAGUAUAGUGUUAACUGAGAUUUCAAACAUUUAUCUUAUACACUGUAAAGAUUUGCAUUGUCCUUUUUUUAAAAAUGUUGUUGUAUUAUUUGAGUACAAGACUAUCACGUCAGUCAACGGCAGGACACUCACUGUGCUGUGAAUGUGAGUUGCCUUCACCGAGUUCAGGGUCGUGUUCAGUUGAGAGAAAACGUUUUUGAAACAAGGAGGUAUAACCUGAAAUUGUCCAAUAGGAAUAUAGAAUUUUCUGUUGUCCGUUGCAAAACGUUUUGCUACAAUCUGCCCUAUUGAAAACGAUCCUAGACUAUGUGGCUGAGCUAUUGCUCUGUAAAGUGUGGUUGUUAGAUUACAUCUGUACACUAAGGGGAGCUCUAUGGAGAUCGGUUGCUGCGGUUACAACAUUUUGGCAGUAAUAUACCCCCCCCCCCACCCCCCACCCCAUUGUGCCCGCUCUGUCUGGACCUGUUUAUGGAAGCAGAAGCUAACGGAGAAGCUAAUAGAGAAGCUAAUAGAUGGAGAAGCUAAUGGCGAAGGUAAUGGAGAAGCUAAUGUAGAAGGUAAUGGAGAAGGUAAUAGGGAAGCUAAUAGAUGGAGAAGCUAAUAGGGAAGCUAAUAGAUGGAAAAGCUAAUGGAGAAGAUAAUGGAGAAGCGAAUGGAGAAGGUAAUGUAGAAGGUAAUGGAGAAGCUAAUAGAUGGAGAAGCUAAUAGGGAAGCUAAUAGAUGGAGAAGCUAAUGGACAAGCUAAUAGAUGGAGAAGCUAAUGGAGAAGCUAAUAGAGAAGCUAAUAGAUGGAGAAGCUAAUGGAGAAGCUAAUGGAUUUCUCUUCUGUAAGAUCAGACCAGAAUAAAACUGUUUUGUCGGUUUCCCCAGACAAAAAGAAACAGGUUAAUAGUGAAUGAUAAUCUACUUUCGUAUUAUUCUUUGGCUACGUCUUAUAUUUAUUACAACGGCAAAACAUUGUAGUGAUCGUACAGUUACUGUGGUGGCAGAGGUGAGCCGUUGGAUCUUCUCAAGGCUUAAUGCUCUGUUCUGUGUUUGGGACCGUUGCUUUGUAUAAAAUAACUGUGGUGUAAACAAUUUGAUUGUUUGAUCACCUCCCAUUAUAUAAGGGACAUAUAGCCAUUUACUCUUGGAGCUCCUUCCCUGACUGCGACCAGAGCGGGACCGACCUUGCAGCUACUCAUGUGUAUUAAAGAUGAACUAUUAUACAAGUCAA